AUGUCCGAUCAAAACUCAGAUCCUCAAUUAACCUUACCACGCAGGCAGUAUAUCCAACUCUUCGAACCUGAUUUUCUCGCUUGGCCACCGACCAAAUAUCUCAAGAACAGCGACGUGCAACAAUGGCUGUACCGAAACUUAUUCGACACAAGUCAAAAUACAAGGCUACCACCCGAGAGCUACCAGAUGCGAGUCUUGAGACAGCUCAUCGGUAAGAUUGAGAAGGCAAUAGAGGAAAACCCCACGAAAGACAAAAUCUCCAACAAGCUCACCGAAUGUCUCACACAUCUCAUAAACCACAGCGUACCCUCCGAGUCUGAGGAAGUUCGGGAAGACGCCUACGUAACCUUCACCUGUUUAUCAGAGAAGGGCAGUUCAAACAAUUCUCAACCUGAUGAGUUGGACCCUACAAUAACCUUGCUCGAGCGACGAUACUUGGUAUCAGGCUCGCGAACGACAGGGUUUCGGACCUGGGAAGGAUCCCUUCACCUUGGCUCGUACUUACUGACUGAGGAAGGCUCACGCCGCGUCCGUGGCAAGAAUGUAUUGGAACUAGGCGCUGGUACCGGGUUCCUUACGAUUCUAGCAGCUAAGCAUUUACAAGCCAAGCACGUUACUGCUACCGAUGGCGACGAAGGUGUUAUUCAGGCCUUGAAAGAGAACCUCGCCUUGAAUCACGUUGAUGAAGCACACAAAGUUAGAACGGAAACUUUGACAUGGGGCCCCUUUUCUGAUGAGUCUUGGAUCAAGGCGGAUUGCGCUAGUCACCCAUAUGAUGUUAUCAUCGGUGCCGAUAUUACAUACGAUAAAGUAGCUAUAUCAGCCCUGGUCUUAACACUCCAAGAUCUGUUUGAUAUGAGACCGGGCCUACAAGUCAUCAUAGCAGGCGUGGUUCGCAAUGCCGAGACUUUCCAGAUGUUUAGAGAUCAGUGCGCCCACCACCGCUUUGUCGUCGAAGACAUCGAAUUCGAGCCUAGGCCAAUGCGCCAACAGAAGGCUCUGUUUUACGCGGCUGCGAUGCCCAUAAAGAUUCUGGCCAUCUCUCGCGGCUCUAAAACCAUGCAGGUAUAA